AUGCUCAUCAACAACCAGUUUCCCGGACCUCUCAUUGAGUGCAACGAGGGAGACACCAUUGUUGUCCACGUCCGCAACGAAGCCGUCAAUGCCACAGCCAUUCACUUUCACGGCAUGUAUCAAAACGGCACAAACUCCAUGGACGGCACCGUCGGCGUGACGCAAUGCCCGAUUGCACCCAACGCGACGUUUACGUACAGGUUCACGGUUGAGAACCAGUCAGGAACGUAUUGGCACCACGCACAUCACAGCAACCAAGCUUCUGAUGGUCUAGUAGGGCCUCUCAUCAUCCACCCGAGAAACGACCUAGGUACCAAAGAUCAGUACUCGACUGAUCGGGUUAUCAUGAUCUCGGACCACUAUCACAACACAUCGGCCGAGUUGUUGAUGGACUAUCUUCAGCCAGACCAGGAGAAUGACGAGCCUGUGCCGUCGAGUGGCCUCAUCAAUGGGCGCAACUAUCGCGAUUGUGCUGAUUUUGACGGGUGGAAUUGCCAUAACGAGAAACCUCAUGUAUCAUCGUUGGAAACCUUUAGCCUGGCUCCAAAUGAGCGGCAUCGCCUCAGGUUCAUCAACACUGGGGCCUUUGCCGAAUUUCAAGUCGAAAUUGACGAGCACCCGCUCUACAUCACCGAGGUCGAUGGGACUGAUGUUCAUCCUGAACCCUUCCACCGCCUCAAUAUCCUUCCGGCACAGCGCUACAGUGUGGUUAUUGAGACCAAUCUCACCACCGCCAACUCAUACUGGUUGCGAGCUAGGAUGGUCACGCACUGCUUCGCACGAGAAAACCCCUGGCUCGAUUCAGAAGUGAAGGGGAUCGUCCACAAAGAGAAGACGCAUGAAGCGGCUUCAGAACUCAGUGAACCACAAAGCAAGAGCUGGGACGAAGCCAUAGACGUCGACUGUCGAGACAUGAACAUAACUCUUCUCAGGCCUGUCGAUGUGAUUCCAGCACCCAAUGUCACGGCCACAAUGUACCUCCGCGCCAACUUCGAAAUCGGAGCAUGGCGUCUAUCGCGGGGCUUCUUCAACGCCUCGACAUGGCACGCCAAUGUCACCUCGCCGGCUCUGUAUCGCUUCAUGGAUGCCGCGAAAAGCGACAAUGACACAUUGUUGCCGUCUACAACCGGCGUAAACGAUGUUAACUUCAACCCAGAGAAUGAGUUCGUGUACCAGACGCAAGGCAUCCAAACGGUCAACAUCAUAAUCAGCAACUUUGACGACGGCGCACAUCCGUUCCAUAUCCACGGGCACAAGUUCUUCGUACUGAAGCAGUCCCCAACAGGCUACCCACCCGAAGACAUGGCCGAGUUGGAAGCAGAACUCGCGGCUUCGGGUGUUCUGGAGAACCCGCUCAGAAGAGACACGGUAACAGUCCAAGGUUACGGGUGGGCAGUCGUCAGAGUCGUGCUGGAUAAUCCGGGCGUGUGGGCGUUACACUGCCACAACGCAUGGCACGCGGAGGCGGGCAUGGUCAUGAUGAUUGCAGCGAGAGUCGAGACGGCCAAAGAAUUGAAGGCGGCGAGCAAAGAGGAAGCAAGGCUCUGCGGGUUGCCUGGGGUCGAGAAAGGGGUUCGGCCUAGUGAUGACAUUUGGUUCGGCAACUUUGGUUGA